AUGCCACGAUCGUGGACUGAUAUUGUCGCUGAGAAGCGUGCAAUACGCGAUGAGAAACUUACAAAGUGCUACGGUGAAAAUGUACCCUCUGAUCCUCGCAUCAUCGCUGCCAAAGACAUCCAAGCCUUGACAGAGCUACUAGAAGCCCGGAAGGUUACAGCCGAGGCCGUUGUCCUUGCUCACAUAGCCAAAGCCAAAGAAGCCCAUCAGAGAACAAACUGUCUAACAGAAAUAUGCUUCGAUGAGGCUCUGGAGCAUGCCAGGGAGCUCGAUGCGUUUCAACAGGAACAUGGGCGGCUGAAAGGUCCCCUCCAUGGUAUCCCGGUUUCACUCAAAGACCAAUUUAAUCUCAAAGGCUUGGAUUCAACACUAGGCUAUGUUGGCCGCGCUUUCAAUCCCGCUGCCUCGGAUUGUGUCUUGGUCAAGGUGCUUAAACAGCUUGGCGCUGUCAUAUUGGCCAAAACAAAUCUGCCGCAGUGUAUUCUGUGGGGAGAAACAGAUAAUCCACUUUGGGGCCUGACCACACACCCAAUGAACCCCGAGUAUACCCCAGGUGGCUCCUCUGGAGGCGAGGGUACUCUCCUGGCGCUCAAUGGCUCAAUGCUAGGUUGGGGAACAGAUAUUGGCGGUUCUAUCCGCGUUCCGUCUCACAUGAACGGUUUAUGGGGCUUUAAACCAAGCAGUGGAAGGUUUUCCUAUGAAGCCGUGGCGGUCUCCCAGGAUGGACAACAACAGAUACCCUCGGUCGUUGGCCCUAUGGCAAGAACCCUAAGCACUAUUACAUUGGCUUCGAAAGCCAUGAUAGAAGCUGAGUGCUGGAGACUUGAUCCUCAGCUGCCUCCUAUGCCAUGGAGAGAAGACGUCUUCCAGGAAUAUCUGCAAAAGCCGUUAGUUAUUGGAAUUAUGGUAGAUGACGGAACGGUAAAGGUUCAUCCGCCAAUCGAAAGGGUGUUUAAAGAAUUCUGCAAGAAGUUGGAGGCAGCUGGGCACGAGCUCGUACCCUGGGAUACAUCUCUCAACGCUGACUGCAUCAAAAUCAUGGAUGAGCAUUACAUAGUUGAUGGAGGUGAAGAUAUUCGACGCGAUAUGGCUGCAGGCGGCGAGCCAUAUAUGCCCCAUGUGCAAAACUUGGUGGAUCGUGGCUCUGCGAUAUCAGUCUACGAAUAUUGGCAACUAAACAAGAGGAAGAAGGCUACACAAGCAGCCUAUAACACGAUGUGGAACGCGACAAAGUCGUCGUCUGGCAAGCCCGUUGACGUUCUCCUUGUGCCUACUAUGCCGCACACUGCAAUUCCGCACCGCACACUCCGGUAUCCCGGCUAUACGAAGCUGUUUAACAUGCUCGACUACAGUGCGCUAUCCUUCCCAGCAGGUACGGCUUUGAAGGCUCUGGAUUCUGUCUGUACUGGGGAAUAUGAGCCUCGAAAUGCUGCUGAUGCUUGGAACUGGGGCUUGUACGACAUUGAGAAAAUGGACGGUUAUAGUGUUGGUCUACAGAUUGUGGGUCGGCGGAUGGAGGAAGAAAAGGUUUUGGGGGCUGCUCAUCAGGUCCAACAGCUGUUGUAG